GUUCAUUUGUCCCAUGUAGAACAAGCGAAAAUGAGCGAAGAGAUAACACGUGAUACACGCUCCGCAAUCGAGCGAUGUGAUGACCUAAUGUCUCAGUGGAGAGCAGAAAGGAAUUCACCCUCGUUUGACCCAGUUCCUCUGCUAAUUCAACUAUCAGAACUAUUGGAAGAACAAAUUAACAUAUUUUUCAGCACAGAUCCAGACCCAUUUGAUGAUCGUCACCCCCUGCGAACCGAUUCCAGCUGCGAUCUGGGUCAGCUGCUUCGUUCACUUUCCACUCACGAAUCGUUUCUCGAAAGAGUCACUUUCGUGUACUUAGUCGGGUCGAAUGACCCAACCGACCGUCUGGUUGUUGCUGCCUCCCGGCUGUUAUGCGCAAUGAGAUUGGGUGUAACAUUAUCAUUCACCUUAGAUGAAGAGUUGAUGCCUUUCAUGUACAAUGGGGGUAUACUAGACUUGAUUUACGUCUACGUGUCACCGGAAGCUGCGGCUCGUGAUAUCCGCCUCACAUUCGAAGCGCUACGGCUUUUAGGGAGUUUAAUGUGUCAUCGUUGUGUCUAUUUGGAGUUUGUUGAAAAGGACGGUUUGCGAGCCGUGCUCAAAGUUCCGAGACCCUCGGUUGCCGCAACUGCAGUCAGCGUGGUUCUGUAUUACACAGCUUAUUUUGAAGAUGCUAUGGAACGGGUUUGUCAAAUGCCGGUAUCAAUCCUUACGGAUUUGAUCAAAUACGCGUUGUGGUUGGUGGAAUGCUCACACCCGUCCGCUCGGUGCUAUUCUCUCUUUUUCCUCAAUCUGGUUUUGUGCUAUGGGGUCACUUUCGAACUGUUCCAAGCACAAAACGGUCUCGUAUACCUGUAUAAUGCGAUUUGUGUGCUCCCUCUACGCCUAACCGAGGACAAUCCACCCACUCUGAAGGACACGACAUCCUGGCACGUUGUUCGCGCGAGUCUUUGUGCGAUUCGCCGUUUUCUCGAAAUCAGUUUGCUAUUAUGGAUAGAUGAAAUCGACCCUAGCCUAUCCAGCUUGUUUGACGAAUCACCACGGGCUGUGGCUGCCGCUGGGUACCGACCUAUUACAUUUUCCAGCGAACAGUUUUCACGCCUGAUGGCCUUGAUAAUUGCUCGUAUUCGUCCCGAAACGGCUUGGCAACCCACUCAACAAUUGAAAGAUUGCGGUGCAAUCAACGUGCUUUAUCGGAUCAUUGCCCGAAACGUAUACGCGCAUAACAGCUGGCCUUGUCGAAAUGAAUGCACCCGAUUGGCCGUGGAUAUUCUCAAUCUCAUGUGUAUCACCUAUGACCUCGCAGAUGAGAUUGCCAGUGCUAAUGUGUUCUGUUUCCCGGCUGGAAUCAGCACAACCGCGUUUUUAAGCACAUCACCACUGUUUUCCUCCUUGAAUGCGAUCGGUGACAGUCCGCGGUCCGCGGCUGGAUCGGCUGAUGUCACCGUGCAUCUGCCAUCACCCAGUGGUCCAAGUCUUGGUCGAGCCGAAAGGGGUGGCUUGAUCAAUCAACUUUUAGAAAUAGUCGAACAGGUUGGAGGAGGUGGGACAAAUGGUACAUGGGAUUUCGGCUCACGGCGUACGGUGAAUGCUAAUCGUCGUGCUCGAUCGAGAGCCCUUCGAGAUGGGUCCGGUGGAGUAGGAGAUGAUCAUGAGGUUCCCGCUGAUGGAAGACCAACUGCACCCGGUGAGCGUUUACCACCAUCGAUUGGUGCAGGUGAGUCGGAAACAGCACCAGCUGAUGGAGAAGAUGAUCCAAUGAUCGAUACGGCAGAAGCCGAUGAACGUGUCAAUGGUUUGCACAUGCUGUUCAGCAUCUCCCGUGAAGAUGAUGGCUGGGAUGUGGCUGUGCACAAGUCGGUACUGGCGUUUAUCUGCACGCUAGUCUAUCGUCCAAUAACAGAGCAUGAGCAUCCGGAUAACCCGAUCCCCGCCACCAGUGUACUAUCUCAAAUCCCGGGAUCAAUUGGUUCUAGUAGUUCGGCCAUGGCACCACCGUCAUCACCCACCUUGCAGGGAUCGGGAUCGCCAGGCGGAUUGACCUCACCCGCAUCAAUGCGCCUCAGCACACCGCCUUUCAAGGCUCCGCAUCGAAGCUCCGUAUUGAGUUCUGGUCGGACCAAUCGGAAACGCCGGUACGAUGAAAUGGUCACUCAGCCACUGUUUGUUCAUUCGCUUCCACUUGACGGACCCAUCUCCCAACCAAUCACUCCUCCUCCGCAAGCUUCACCUCCCGUCUCGAGGCGUCCGGGAUCGCCGACAAUUUCGAAUAACUAUUCAGAGAAUGGGAUUCCGGCAGCUUUCGGUCGUCAACCUCACACGCGCCUCUUGUAUCGUCAGGCUUGUUUGUGGAGUAUCGUGCGGCGGCAGCAUGGUAUUAUGGCCUUACUAUAUCACCUGGAGACCAAACAGCCUAUUUCCGAGGCCGAUAGCAUCCGAACUUUGGCAUGUCGUGGCUUGGUCGGGUUGGCAAGAUCAGAAGAGGUUCGGAGUAUGCUAGCCAAAAUGCCCCUGUUUACCAAGGCUCUGCUACAACGUAAGUUCUUUACCUCGGAAAGUCAGUUCAGAUGCUAA